AUGGAAAUAAUAUAUCCCCCUGCGGAUAUAAAGGUUGUUGUGGAUAAAACUGCACAAUUUGUGGCAAAAAAUGGUAGUAAAUUCGAACAGCGCAUUAGACAGGAUCAAGAUCCGCAGAAUUCGCAGAGAUUCGCGUUCCUUGACAUCGACAACCCAUACAACGCUUACUAUCAAAUGAAGUUAAAGGAAUUUCAGGAGGGUAAAGAAACGGACACCAAACCCGCCAUCCCUCAGGCAAUAUUAGACAGACAAAAGAAGGAAAGUGAACGGGCUAAAAAAAGGGAACAAUUUUUAAGUCUAACAGAUUCAUCACAUACAAAAAUUAAUGAAGUUGUUGAGCCUGAGCCAGAUAUAUUUGCAGUGCAGCACCCGUUCAUUUCCAGUUUAGACUUGGAAAUAAUUCGAAUAACCGCGCUUUUUGUCGCUAGGAAUGGGCAGAGGUUCCUCACUGGAUUGGCAAGUCGCGAAAAAACUAAUGCGCAAUUUGAUUUCUUACGCCCCUCGCAUUAUUUAUUCCCUUACUUCAGUUCUCUUAUCGAAUGUUAUACCAAGUGCUUAAUACCUCCGCAGGAACAAGUGGAUCGGAUUAAGAAGAUUGCACAUGAUAAAUUUUAUCUGUUGGCAAAAAGCAGGAAUAGGUUUGAAUGGGAGGCAAAGAAGGAGGAGAAGAUUAGGGAGAUGGAGAGGGAGAGGGCGGCUCAAAGAGCUGAAAUGCAAUCAGUCGAUUGGAAGGAGUUUGUAAUUGUAGAUACCAUUGAUUUUACGCAGGAGGAUGCGGAUAAAGACCUCCCUGCACCAAUUGACUUUGAACUCCUGGGAGACCGGCCCCCUCCUCCAAUAAAACCAACGAUGGAUACCACCAAAACCAUACAAGAGGAGCAGCCAAUUAUCAAUGUACAAACUGUUCCAGAUGUGUUGGGUCCUACUGAAUCUGAUGAAAUUGGAAAUGUUACAAUUGAAGAUCACACAUCACCGGAUGAUACUGUAAAUUAUUUGGCUAUGGAUGUUGGUAUAGAGACAAUUGAUGAUGGCGAUGAGACAAUUAAGGUGGUGAAGGGAUAUGUAAGGAAGAAGAAGCAGGGAAGGGAUAAGACUCUGCAAAAGUGUCCGAUUACAGGCCAAUUGGUUCCAGAAGCUGACAUGUCUACGCACCUAAAAAAUCUUCUACUGGACCCGCAAUACAAGACACAGAGGGAUCUUUUGUUGUCAAGGGCUAAACAAGAAUCUGCAUUUGCACCCCUAGAAGAUAUAGAGGGGAACCUCGCGAAUUUCGUUAUAAAAAGACCUGAUAUUUGCGGAAUCGAUUUAAAUGAAAUAGACAACCCUAAAAAACGCAAGUAG